CCGCCGCUGCGGGAGGCAGCAAGCGGCAGGCGGGAGGCGGGAGACGGGAGGGGCCCGCCAAGGGGCUCGUGGAUCCCUCCCCGGCGUCCUUGUCGCAGACGAGAGCCCAUCACCGGCUUGCACACUCCCGCGGACGGGGAGCUCACCUCCUCUCAGCGGACAGCUCCUCCCUACAAUUCCCCGUGGUACCCUGGAUCCUGCUAGCGAGACACAGUCACGGUGACCAGAGACUCUCAGGCAUUCCAGAAACAGGAGCUGCUAUUGUCGGUCAAGCCAACCAGCGCACUUCCCAUGCGGCCCACCCCAAAGCCAGACAGAAUAUGAAAAGUAGUACCCUGUCGCACCAGGCCUUCUGCCUGCCUCAUUCAACCCUCAGGACAUCACGGCCGGUUUCUUCAUCUUACACCCAACGCAACUGAGGCCAUAGAGGCAGAGGGGCUUGCUGCAAGUCACACAGCCAGUCAAUCUGGGAUGGAAUCAGGACUGACCCCAGACUGGGCAACAAUUCUUAAAUGAAGCGGCACAGUUUCUCCACAGGAAAAGCCAUGGAGACUUCAGGAUCACUUCAAGACCACAGUCAAGUUCGUGGAGAAUCAGAAGAUCUAGACUAUGGAGAGACGGAUUCCCACAAGCAAGACCGGGAGGCCAGACUCGUUUCUCAAGGACAAGAUGAGAGAGACAAGCCUUCCUCCUCUUCAUCCUCCUCUUCAUCCUCCUCCUCCUCCUCGUCCUCCUCAUCCUCUUCCUCAGAGAACAGUGACGAGGACCAGCACCCCCGAGUAACCAGAGAGCGUCGGCACAGCCAGGGGGCUGGACUCCCCCGCAGGGGCGGCUCACCUGGUGCUGAGCAUGGGGAGCCUGACGUUUUGAAGGAUGAGCUUCAACUCUAUGAAGGUGUGCCCGGGGAGGUGAUGCCUUCAGGAGAAUCAGGACUCCGAAGGAGAGGCUCUACCCCCAUGAGUGGUAAAUAUGCAGGAGAAGUGGAGGCCUCUCAGCUAAGAAGACUGAAUAUAAAGAAGGACGAUGAGUUUUUCCAUUUCAUCCUCCUCUGCUUUGCCAUUGGGGCCUUGCUGGUGUGUUAUCACUAUUACACAGACUGGUUCAUGUCCCUCGGGGUCGGCCUGCUCACCUUUGCCUCCCUGGAGACUGUUGGCAUCUACUUCGGCCUGGUGUACCGAAUACACAGCGUCCUGCAUGGCUUCAUCCCCUUCUUCCAGAAGCUUCGGCUGAUAGUGAGAAAGCCCAAGCUGGCUGUGCUGGGAAGCCAGGCAGAAAGAGGUCUGUCCAGUCCCAAGUUUGGCAGCCAGUCCAGCUGAGGCACCAGACAGGCAAGUGAAAAAGCAUCCCGGACUUUCCAGCCACAGCAGACGCCAUAUGAAGCAGAAGAAUCACCCAGUACAGCUCAGACCAUCUUGAAAAACCAUGAACACAAUAAAUUGUUGUGUUUUAAGCUGCCAAAUUUGCAAUGGUUUGUUACACUGCAGCAGAUCGUUGAGACAGAGAUCUAUGCUGGAUAUAUUAGCCAGAGUUCUCCGGAGAAACAGAACCAGUAGGAGAUACUCAAAUACCUUUAUUUAUUAUAAAAGAAUUGGUUCAUGUGAUUAUGGGGGUGGUGAAGUCCCAUGAUGUGCAGUCUGCAAGCUGGAGCCCCUGGAGAGCCCCAGAGAUUGAACCCGUGUCUCUUGCAUUGACAGGCAGAUUUUUGUUGUUGUUGUUUUUAACCACUGAGCCACCAACGAAGCCCCGGUUUUGGAAUUUAAAAUGAUGCUUUGGAAGAAGUUUGUGAACUAAGUUCCUACUUCUCCAUUCUUUGGCCAUUAAAGAAAGCUUGUGCUAUUCCAGUCUUAAGAAGAAAUAACAUAAAAUAAAAACAAAAGAUGCUUUGGAACCCAGUGUCACUUCUGUGAUAUUCCUGCCUAAAUGCACAGGCUGAAUUUGAUCAUGAAGAAAUAUCUAAUAAGCCCAGAUCAAGGGACAUUUUACAAAACAACUGAUCCAGACCCUUCAAAAGCAUCAGUGCCAUACAAUACAAAGACAGAGGAAUUGUUACAGAUUAAUGGAGGCUAAAGAGACAUCAUAAAUGAAUGUAAACACAAUUUUGAAUUUUCUUCAGUUACAGAGGACAUGAUUGGGACCAUUGGCAAAAUCUGAGUAAGGUCUGUAGAUAAAACAUUAUUAAUGUGUCACUAGUAAGACGCUAUUAACGUAUUGGUAUUUGUUCCCUGGUUUUGAUCAUUGUACUGCAGUUUCAUAGGUUUUUACCAAACAUGGACUGAAGGACUGAAGGAUUUAGGGUAACAGGGCAUCAUGUCUGCAGUCUGCUUUCAAAAAGCAGAAAAGUUAUUUACUAGAGACUAGUGCUUAGUCACUCAGCCGUGUCCGACUCUCUGCAACACUUUGGACUGUAGCCUGCCAGGCUCCUCUGUCCUUGGGGUUUUUUAAUGAGAGAAGGAUAAAAUAAAUGUGGUAAUAUGUUAACAUUUGGAAAUCUGGUGAAAGGGAUCUAGGAGUGUUUGGUUCUAUAUUAGCAACUUUUCUUUAAGUCUGAAAUUAUAUCAACAUAAACAGUUUAUUAAAAAUCUGUUUAUCUGAGAUAAUAGCUGGCCAAUUGCAGGAACUACAGGUUUCUGCUACAAACACAGGCAACCCACAAGAAAAUGGAUUAAAAAAUUUGAUGAGACGCCAAAUAAGAAGAAAUCCAAUUGGCCAAUAAACACACGCAGAUGUGCUUGAGCUCAUUAAUUAUCAGGAAGUACAAAUUAAAAUGACAAUGAGAUACCACUACACAUUCAUCAGACUGGAAAAGCUCGUCUGACAAUAUCAACUGUAGCCCUGUGGAACGCCGGGAACAGACGUCUGAUGCCAGGUGGGAACGUACACUUAUUUGUUCAAGCACUUCAGGAAAUUGUUUAGCAUUAUGUAAUAAAGUCACCCUGGAGAAGGAAAUGGCAACCCACUCCAGUACUCUUGCCUGGAGAAUCCCAUGGACGGAGGAGCCUGGUGGGCUACAGUCCACAGGGUCGCAAAGAGUCGGACACGACUGAGCAAAUCCUUAAUAAAGUCAGAGAUGCACAUUGGUUGCCUGGCAGUUUCACUCUGAGAUGUAUAACCUAUUCACAGCAGCACGGUUCAAAAUAGUCCCAGGCUAGAAACAGCCCAUUGUCCAUCAACAGGAGAACAGAUAAACCGGAGCGCAGUCACACAGUAGAAUGUUACCCAGCAAGGAGAAUGAAUGCACUUCUGCUGUGUGCAACACACAAAUGAAAGCUUACAAACAUAAUAUUGAGUAAAACCAUGUGAUUUUAUUUAGGUAAAGUCCCCAGACAGAUAAACCAGAGCUCUGUUGUUUCGGGUACAUGUACAGGUAACAGAACCAUGAAAGUGAAAGUCGCUGAGUCCUGUCCAGCUCUGUGAUCCCAUGGACUGUAGCUUGCCAGGUUCCUCUGUCCAUGGAAUUCUCCAGGCCAGAAUACUGGAGUGGGUAGCUG